UUGUGGUGGGGUGACUCGGGAGCAAGAGCCGCUACGCCGGGAGGGAGACUCGCACGUGUGAGCGGCGCAGCCCACCUCUGGCCUGUGUGGAGUGCCUCAGAAUCGACUGAAGGAGCAGCGGUGGCUCGUCCUGGCCGGAAGUCCUAUUAAAGCCGCUUGGGCCUGUUGACGGCCACGUCCAGAUCAGUCGACGCAAAUGUCCGGCCAGGCGCCCCUGCGAGAAGAGUCGGACGGGGGCGGAGGUCGUGACAAAGAGGAACUGAGCCAGAAGAUUAAAGAGCAGAAAGUUGUCGUUGAUGAACUUUCCAACUUGAAGAAAAACCGGAAAGUAUACAAACAGCAGCCCAACAGCUACAUAUGUUUUCUAGCGGAUCGGACCCAGACACUCUCGGAGAGUAGAAAUGCAUUGGAUGAACUGAGGAAGGCGUACCAGGAAAUAGAAAAUUCAGAGAAAGCCAAAAUCAAGAAAUAGAUCAACCGAGCAAUAGUUUUGCAAUGUGUGGCAUUUGUUGUGUGGUCAGCCUGUCCCAUUGUCCUCCCGUCAGUUGGCUCUUGAAAGAGGGGAUCCUGCGUAGUCUCAAAAGGAGAGGGCCAGACAGCAGCCAACAGUUAAUCAAAUCCGUCCUCGAUCUGCCGUAUCAAUGCUUGUUUUCUGGCCACGUACUUCACUUAAGGGGACUAAUGACUCCUCAGCCCCUGGAAGAUACCGUGACUGGAAACGUCUUCCUUUGGAAUGGAGAAAUCUUUGGUGGCGUCCAUGUUGAGGCUGAAGAGAAUGACGCUCAAGUCCUGUUCCGCCAUCUUUGUUCUUGUGGAAGCAAACUGGACGUCCUGUCGGUCUUGUCUUCCGUUCGGGGUCCCUGGUCGUUUGUGUUUUAUGAGGCAUCCAGACAUCGCUUAUGGUUUGGAAGAGAUUACUUUGGCCAUCACAGUCUGUUGUGGCAGUUUAACGAGGACCGUGGCAGCGUCCUCGCUCUCUCUUCUGUGAGCACGAUUCCCGAAACGGGCAACCCGUGGCUAGAGGUUCCGGCGGCUGGAAUUUUCAAACUGGAUCUCCGGGUCUGUGCCGCAUCCCAAGGUGUGGUUUUAACAUUGCAUCCGUGGCAGUGUUCUCCCAGUGAGAACGGAACUGAAGAAGCAAUCGUCGGGGACCAAAAUCUGGUUUUGAAAGAUUUGCCAAGUUACGUGUCUCUUGAAGUGAACAAGGGCCACUCAUUGGUCACGCCUGUCGUUCCUUUAAAUAUGAAGGUUCUUGAAGUGCCGGAGGAAUCCCAGUUCUCCAGUUUUGCCGACAGUGUAGUCGAUGCUGGAAGUCUUCAGAGGUUUCUUGCAGAGCCACUGAAGAAGAAACUAGUUCAGCAGUUCAUUGGUGUUUUGAGUGGCGCAGUAGAGAAGCGAGUUUUAUAUGUGGUUAGAGAUCUGAAUCCGAUAGAUGGAGAAAUGUCGGAGGCCGCUCUGCGGAGGCCCCACGUUGCCAUAUUGUUUUCGGGGGGCAUCGAUUCCAUGCUCCUAGCGAGCUUGGCUGAUAGACACGUGCCUUCGGGCGAACCCAUCGAUCUUCUCAACGUGGCGUUCGCCAAUCCCCGUCAAGUUGGACAAGGCAAUCCCGCUCGGAAACGUAACAAGGAGAGAAGAUGGUCGCCUCGUUCAGAAUGCCUUAACAAUGCCAAUACGGCAGCCAGCGAGCCUUUGUCCUGCUUUAAUGUGCCCGACAGAAUCACUGGAAGGGCAGGACUGGAAGAACUUCAAGCGUUGAGUCCUUCCAGGUCUUGGAAUUUCGUGGAGAUCAACGUUACCCUCGAGGAAUUGAAAGCCACGAGAGAGCAGCGGAUAAGCCACUUGGUUUACCCUCUGGACACCGUUUUGGACGACAGCAUCGGCUGUGCCGUGUGGUUCGCCUCCAGAGGAGAAGGUCUGGUUACUCGCCAGGGAGACACAAGACCCUAUAAAAGUCCCGCAAAGGUCGUGCUCACGGGAAUCGGAGCCGACGAACAGCUUGCCGGUUAUUCCCGACACCGUGUUUGCUUUCAAAGACACGGCUUCGAGGGCUUGAACGAGGAACUAAGGAUGGAGCUGGGCCGUAUUUCUUCUAGAAACCUUGGUCGAGAUGACAGAGUGAUUGGAGAUCACGGGAAAGAAGCGAGGUUUCCGUUUCUCGACGAGGCGGUUGUGUCUUUUCUGAACUCCCUCCCCGUGUGGGAAAAAGCAGACCUGACUCUCCCCCGGGGCAUCGGAGAGAAACUGCUCUUGCGGCUGGCGGCUGCGGAGCUUGGCCUGACGACCUCCUCAGUCCUCCCGAAGCGGGCCAUGCAGUUCGGUUCCAGGAUUGCAAAGCUGGAAAGCGGCAGCGAAAGGGCGUCAGACAAAUGCGUGCGACUCCAGUCGGGUUCAGUAGAGGAUUUCUCCACACGGGGCCCGAAGCCGCUUUUAAAAGAAGUUAAUCUACACAGUGGACAGUUUUCUGCGAACUUCGUUAACAGCUGAGGGGGGAGGAUUUGCGUUUUUUGAAUUGAGAGGAGUUUCACAAGAAGUUUUAGUUACUUAAGUAGGCCCAAAAGCUGUGUGGAAGUUCACCUGGGAUAGGGGCCAAGGGGCGUGGGGAAGGUGGCGUGGCGGCAGGACAACCCGGUGCGAUGAGCUAAACAAGCUUACGGAUUUUGCCCUGCCUGAGAGGAGAAAGGAAAUAUGGCCAUCUUGAGACCAAGCUUCCAGAUUAUUCCGUGGUGGUAAAUUACAACGUAGCCCAACACAGCCUGAGGGGUGUGGUUCCUGUGUUCCUCCUGGAUCUCAGCCCCCCCCCCACUCCAACCCCAGUUCCUGUCUGGCCGCCAUUUUGAGAUCUUGGCCUGGUAUGCAUAGUUGUCCACCUAGCUGAGUCUCUGUCCCUAUGGCAUUUCACUGUGUCCCAGCCCUGCUUAGGGCGUAUUGACAUAUACCCCCAGGCCAACUAGCCGUGGCCUAAGCAUAUCUAACGGGUCCACAUAGUCGCCACAGGCUUUCCCUCCCGUCUCUCUGGCUCAUCUCCCAGUGAUAUCUCGACCAUGAGGUCCUCUGCUUGUCCAAGCUCUGCCAGAUAGCGGAAGGGUGAAGUGGGCGGCAGCAUCAUCUUGCCUCUCGUUCACUAGAACACAGUUGACAACGAAGUGAUGCCAAAGGCACUUAGGACUAAUUUCAACCGGAUUGGACCUGUGUUGUUUCGGAAGGUUUUU